AUGGAUGCAGUUCUUCUGCAGAUGGCUGGCUUGGACGUAUCUGCUAUCGACUUCUUCUCUGUAUCCCUCAGCGUUACGCACCUUCAAGAUCAAUUCAAUAAGUUUACUCAUGAUAUUGUGCUUCCGACCGCUGGGAGCGGAAGUGGCCCCUCGUUUGUAACCUCGCUUGUCGCCGUCCUCGACCUCGGCGCUGGAUUCGUGCAAAACUUCAAGCAAUUCCUCGCGCUCCAAUCCCUCUUCGGUGUUGGCAUGGGUGGAAUCUGGGGUCUAGCGGCAUUGAGUUGGUGGGGAUGGUGA